GCCGGUUUGGGCGGCGCUGCCCCUCCCCAGAAUGACGGCCCAGCCAUAGAUAACGCAGAAACCGUCUACAUAUCAUCAUUGGCCUUGUUAAAGAUGUUGAAGCACUGCAGAGCCGGUGUUCCAAUGGAAGUCAUGGGGUUGAUGUUGGGAGAAUUCGUGGAUGACUUCACCAUCCAUGUAAUUGACGUGUUUGCCAUGCCUCAGAGUGGUACUGGUGUCAGUGUUGAAGCUGUUGACGAUGUGUUCCAAACCAAGAUGAUGGAUAUGUUGAGGCAGACAGGAAGAGAUCAAAUGGUGGUAGGAUGGUACCAUUCACAUCCAGGGUUCGGAUGUUGGUUAUCGUCUGUCGAUGUCAACACCCAGCAAUCCUUCGAAAGAUUGAACAAGAGAGCAGUUGCUGUUGUUGUGGAUCCAAUCCAGUCCGUCAAGGGUAAGGUUGUGAUUGACGCCUUCAGAACCAUUGAUACCACCACAUUGAUGAUGGGCCAAGAACCACGUCAAACCACAUCCAACGUUGGCCACUUGAACAAGCCUUCUAUCCAAGCGUUGAUCCACGGAUUGAACCGUCACUACUACUCAUUAAAUAUUGACUACAGCAAGACCUCAUACGAAACUAACAUGCUUUUGAACUUACACAAGAAGAACUGGCAAUCCGGCUUGAAGUUAGUUGACUACAACCACAAGGAACACGAAAACUUGGACAACACCGAAAAGAUGGUCAAGAUUGCCGAAUUAUAUAACCAAAGAGUCCAGGAAGAAAAGGAAUUGCUGGAAGAGCAAUUGAAGACAAGGUACGUGGGUAAGCAAGAUCCAAAGAAGCAUUUGUCCGACACUGCUGAAAAGUUGAUCGAAGACAAUGUCACCUCCUUGUUGACCAGUAACGUGAACGCAUUGGCAAUUCAGUGAAUUGGGAAUGGAAAUGUUUGUAACGUUUAAUGAAGCUGCAGGAGCCAAAUGUUGAGUGGAUCCUCAACACGCCU